AUGGUGUUAGGCAUUGUCCAGUUCAUAGUCCUCAUCUCUAGCAUCGUCGUCUCCUUCUUCCCGGAUGACUUCGAUCGGGCAGUGGACCGCUGGACACGUCCGGUCCAGACACCGGGGUAUACGCACACUUGGCCCACAGACCUCUCGCGUGACAUCUUCCCGAUCGUAUGCCAUUCGCACAAUGACUACUGGCGUCGAAUUCCCCUGUACUCUGCCCUGCAGGCCGGCUGCAUCAGCGUUGAGGCGGACGUCUGGCACUUUGACAAUGAGCUCUUUGUCGGCCAUACGAAAUCGUCCCUUUCCCCCAAACGCACACUAAGGAGCAUGUACAUUAACCCGUUGCUGGAGAUCCUCGAUCGACAGAACCCGAUCACUCCACUUCACCCGUCUGCGGAUAGUCCUCGAAAUGGCGUGUUCGAUACCGAUCCAUCGCAGACGCUCGUCCUACUCGUCGACUUUAAAACAGACGGGGUCACCACCUGGCCUUCUUUAUUGGAGCAGCUAUCCCCGCUGCGUGAGCGUGGCUAUCUCACCCACUUUAAUGGGACGGCAGUCGUCAACGGUCCCAUCACGGUCGUCGGCACGGGGAACACCCCAUUUGAAUCUGUCAUGUCGAAUUCCACCUACCGAGACGUCUUUCUCGAUGCGCCUCUGGACAAAGUGGCAGAGGACGACGAUGGCGGUCAGUACUCGACUGGAAAUCUUAAUCAAGUACCUGUAGACCCCAAACUAGUCCCCUACAACUUCACGAAUAGCUACUACGCAUCCGUUUCGUUCAUGAAAUCCAUCGGGACCCCGUGGCAUUUCCGUCUCUCCUCGCGACAGAUGCAUCUUCUCCGAGCGCAAAUCAGAGGUGCUCAUCGACAUGGCCUGAAGGUCCGAUACUGGUCCCUACCCAGCUGGCCACGGAGUCUGAGAAAUCACAUCUGGAGCGUCUUCAUCCAGGAAGGCGUCGAUAUCCUCAACGUGGAUGAUCUGGAGGGUGCUACGAAGAAAGAAUGGAUUCCGCCAUUUGUGCCGUGGUGGUCAUGA